GGAUUCACUCAGUCAUCUGACCUAAUGGCACACCAGCGUGUUCACAUUGGGGAGAAGCCAUUCACCUGCGCAGAAUGUGGGAAGGGAUUCACUAAGUCAUCCACCUUACUGGUACAUCAGCGAGUUCACACUGGGGAGAAGCCGUUCACCUGCUCAGUCUGUGGGAAGGGAUUCACUCAGUCAACCCACUUACAGAGACACCAGCGAGUUCACACUGGGGAGAAGCCGUUUACCUGCUCAGAAUGUGGGAAAAGAUUCACUGAUUCAUCUGCCCUACAGAAGCAUCAGCGAUUUCACACUGGGGAGAAACCGUUCACCUGCUCAGCAUGUGGGAAGAGAUUCACUGAUUCAUCCACCCUACGGAAGCAUCAGCGAGUUCACACUGGGGAGAAGCCGUUUACCUGCUCAGAAUGUGGGAAGAGAUUCACUCAGUUAUUCAAUCUACAGAGACAUCAUCGAGUUCACACUGGGGAGAAGCCUUUCACAUGCUCAGUCUGUGGGAAGAGAUUCACUGAUCUAUCCACCCUACUGAGGCAUCAGCGAGUUCACACUGGAGAGAGGCCGUUCACCUGCUCAGAGUGUGGGAAGGGAUUCACUCGGUCAUCCCACCUACUGGCACACCAGCAAGUUCACAUUGGGGAGAAGCCAUUCACCUGCUCAGUCUGUGGGAAGGGAUUCACUCAGUCAUCCAACCUACAGAGUCACCAGCGAGUUCACACUGGGGAGAAGCCGUUCGCCUGCUCAGUCUGUGGGAAGGGAUUCACUCAGUCAUCCAAUCUACAGAGACAUCAUCGAGUUCAUACUGGGGAGAAGCCGUUCAUCUGCACAGUCUGUGGGAAGCGAUUCACUGAUCCAUCCACCCUACUGAGUCAUCAGCGAGUUCACACUGGGGAGAAGCCGUUCAUCUGCUCAGAAUGUGGGAAGAGAUUCACUGAUUCAUCCACCCUACGGAAUCAUCAGCGAGUUCACACUGGGGAGAAGCCGUACACCUGCUCAGUCUGUGGGAAGGGAUUCACUCAGUCAUCCCACCUACAGAGACACCAGCGAGUUCACACUGGGGAGAAGCCGUUCACCUGCUCAGAAUGUGGGAAGAGACUCACUGAUUCAUCCGCCCUACUUUGUCAUCAGCGAGUUCACACUGGGGAGAAGCCGUUCACCUGCUCAGAAUGUGGGAAGAGAUUCACUGAUUCAUCCACCCUACGGAAGCAUCAGCGAGUUCACACUGGGGAGAAGCCAUUUAACUGUUCAGAAUGUGGGAAGAGAUUCACUCAGUUAUCCAAUCUACAGAGACAUCAUCGAGUUCACACUGGGGAGAAGCCGUUCACGUGCUCAGUCUGUGGGAAGAGAUUCACUGAUCUCUCCACCCUACUGAGUUAUCAGCGAGUUCACACUGGAGAGAGGCCAUUCACCUGCUCAGAGUGUGGGAAGGGAUUCACUCAGUCAUCCCAACUACUGGAACACGUCAAUUCAUAGCGGGGAGUGGCCGUUGUUAUGAAUCCCUAGGUUUCGUUUGCUGUGGACUGUCAUUUUAAGAGAGAGAAAUUAAGAAGGAGUAUCAGUUUGACUUGCAGCUUGUUUACAUCGGUCGCAGCUUGUUUAGUUUUAACCGAGGACACAGACACUCAGAGUCAGACGGAGACGGAUGAAAAAUGAAAGGAUU